AAACAAAUGGGCAGUUGGUAGUACUUAUACCUCACUGUCAAAUCCACGUUCUCCCAGCUACCACGCACAGUGCCUGAGCAUUCACUCUCCCUUCUCCCUUGUCGUGUCACUUUAUAAAAUCCCAAACACUUCUGGCCACAAGACAAACAAUCCAAUUCAAAACAUUAGCUACAAUGUCUCCGGCGGCAACCCCCGUUACUCAUAUUGAAGUCGAAACCAUAGCGUUCUCACCGGCGGUCAAGCCUCCCGCCUCAGACAAAACGCUUUUCCUAAGCGGCGCAGGGGCUAGAGGACUGGAGAUUCAAGGAAAGUUCGUGAAGUUCACGGCGAUAGGAGUGUACUUGGAAGAUGAAGCUGUGCCGUUGCUCGCCGUUAAGUGGAAGGGCAAGAGUGCGCUGGAGUUGACGGAUUCCGUCGAGUUCUUCAGAGAUAUAGUUACAGGUCCCUUUGAGAAGUUCAUACGAGUAUCUACGAUCUUGCCAUUAACUGGUCCACAAUAUUCAGAGAAAGUUUCUGAGAAUUGCGUUGCUAUUUGGAAAUCUCUGGGAAUUUACACUGAUGCAGAAGCUAAAGCCAUUGAUAAAUUCUUAGAGGUCUUCAAAUCUCAAACCUUUCCUCCUGGCUCAUCUAUUCUUUUCACUCAAUUGCCAAAUGGAUCAUUAGCGAUUAGUUUCUCGAAAGAUGGAGCGAUUCCAGAAGUUGAGAAUGUUGUGAUACAAAAUAAACUACUUUCAGAAGCAGUACUGGAGUCGAUUAUCGGCAAACAUGGUGUUUCUCCUGAAACAAGAGAGAUUAUGGCUACAAGGCUAGCAGAGCUCUUUGAGAAUAAUUCUCAAAUUAAUGGAAUUAAUCAUACGCUCCAAGCAAUCCAACGUGAAUCAAUAAUGUCUCCGGCAACAGCUUCCGUCUCUCAGAUUGAAGUCGAAAACAUAGCAUUCCCUCCGGCGGCCAAACCUCCGGCUUCAAACAAAACUCUGUUCCUCGGUGGCGCAGGGGAUAGAGGACUUGAGAUUCAAGGCAAGUUCGUGAAGUUCACAGCAAUAGGGGUGUACUUGGAGGAUGAAGCUGUGCCGUUGCUCGCCGUCAAGUGGAAAGGCAAGAGUGGGAAGGAUCUGGUGGAUUCCAUCGAGUUCUUCAGAGAUAUCGUUACAGGUCCCUUCGAGAAGUGCGUAAGGGUGACAAUGAUCUUGCCAUUAACGGGACAACAAUAUUCAGAGAAAGUUACAGAGAAUUGUGUUGCCAUUUGGAAAUCUUUGGGAAUUUACACUGAUGCAGAAGCUAAGGCCAUUGAUAAAUUCUUGGAGGUCUUCAAAGCUGAAACUUUUCCUCCUGGCUCUUCUAUUAUUUUCACACUAUUGCCUCGUGGAGCAUUAGCGAUUAGCUUCUCAAAAGAUGGAGAGAUACCAGAAGUUGAGAAUGAACUGAUAGAAAAUAAAUUACUUGCAGAGGCAGUGUUGGAGUCGAUUAUAGGGAAGCAUGGUGUUUCUCCUGCAGCAAGGGAGAGUUUGGCUACAAGGCUGGCAGAGUUAAUUAUUUAAAAACAGUAUUAAAUUAAUGGGAGUAAUUCACGUUCUAAAGCAAAACAAGAAAUUUCAUAAUACAAUCGUUGUAUUUAUAACGGUCGUAUUAUAACGAUUGAUUAUGGUGGAUUCUAUAUAAAUUUCAUCAUAAUUAAUGAUAAGGUGAAAUAAUUUCUGCUUAACAAAGAAGAAGGCCGUGUGGGGUGCUGGAGUGGAGUGCGAAUAUGAAAUAAAUUAUAAAAGAAUGGGUGUUUCGGAGCUCAUUUUUUAUAAUAAUGAAAUUGUGUGUAUUUAUAUGUAAACUUUUAUUUUUGAAAAGGUAUGCAUUGAUAUGCAGGGUGAGAGUACAAAGCAAUAGUUUGAAAAACUUUACU